AUGAGGCUGAGGAAAAGAAAUGUUGAGACUCCAUAUGAGGUGCUUCUGUCCUUACUGGAGGGCCAUGUGUCACCGAGCAAAGGUCAAAGCAGUGAGCUUGCUGCAGUAACCACUGAGCGCUGGUACAUGGCACCAGGUGUGAAGAGAAUAGACGUUCGUCAGGAUGGAAUUGUAGGAACUUUAUUUUUACCACCUGGUGAGCAUAAAAUAUGUCAAUCCACCUUCACGUUACAAGACUGUUAAGUGAAGAGUUUGUACCUUGAAUGAUACUUGUACUGAUGCCUUGCAGGUCCUGGCCCUUUUCCUGCCAUGUUAGACCUGUGGGGAUUGGGUGGAGGACUGGUGGAGUAUCGCUCAGCCCUGUUGGCAUCCAAGGGCUAUGCUAGCCUGUCCCUAGCUUACUUUAAUCACCAGGACUUGCCUGGUCCGAAAAAACGGUUAAAUGUGGGUGAUUCUUAUUGCAAGGUAAGAAGAGAUGCAGAAUUUAUCCUGUUGUCCUUGUAUCAUGUGCACCUCUCACUUUAAAAAAAUUAAACUGUGGUUUAGUUGUUUUUUAAAACUCUAAAAAAACAUUGUGUGUUAACAGGCUGCUUUCCAACUUCUACAAGAUCAUCAUCAGGUCUGUGCAGACAGAGUUGGGAUCAUCGGGCUCUCCUUUGGAGUCUUACUUGCUCUUCGAAUAGCAACCCGAACUGGUCUCAGAGUAUGUCAGUAUGGUCUCUCUGUUGGCCAUUUUAAGUCUACAGAAUGAUCAAAAUCACAGCUGCUUGUGAGAAAAGAGAGUUUACAAAUUCUUGUAUGAAGUUUGAUAAGGUAACACUGACUGCAGAUUCUUCCUUUUAGCCAUCCUGUCUGAUUUGUGUAAACGGCCCAGUGGGAAGCUCCUUCAAGAUCCCGGAUGAUGAUGAUGAAGAUGGCUCAUCUGAAGAGACAGAAGGGUGAGUGGUCAUUAAAGAUGAGACAUACUUUCAAGCACAUAUUUCAGUCACAAAGUUCAGCAUUACAUGACACAACCUCCAAAAAGGCUGAGAACCUGAAAAAAAGGUCCAAUAAAAACACAGAGUUUGAUGGUUUAAAAAUCAUGAACAGCAACACAUUACAAGAAAGUUGCAAUAGUGACAACAACACACUGAAAAAGUUGUGUAUUGGCAAAAAGAGUUGCUUGGAGGAACAUCUUCCAACUGGUGAGGUUGAUUUGCAACAACUUAGUAGUAUGACCAGGGUACAGAAAGGGCUGAUGGGAGGAAGUUGAACACUGUGUGAACUGCAAAACUGCCUAGAAUUUAAGGUAGUAGAAGAGUCCUGCUGGUAAUCUGACCUGCCUAUAGCCUUGACUUGUCAACUUUUAAAAACAUUUGGCAUUGCAUAAUUUGUUUUUCCAGUUCAUGAAAGAAAACACAAUAAAAAAAAACCUGUGUUAAGUCGCUGAAAUCAACUAUCAGCCAUAGGACAAUAGUUCACUCCAAACUCCAAAACCUAUCCUUGUAGUUCCUAAAUGUUUACAGUGUUGUUAAAGGAAAAGGUGAUACAACACAAUAGUUAACAUGUCUCAAAUUUGUUGGUCUCAAAUUUAAAGUCAGCUAACAUAAAAAAAAUAAAAAAAAACAGUAAAAAAAAAAAAAAAAAAAAUAAAUAUAUAUAUAUAUAUAUAUAUAUAUAUAUAUAUAUAUAUAUAUAUAUUUUAACUGUGACGUAAAAAUGCCAAAAUAGCUGAUAUCUGGUGUAAAAUUCAUUCAGAACUUUACCCUGAUAUUCACUGAAAAAUAGGAAAUUGCUCAGCUGUUUUUAAAACUUUUGUUAACACUUGUUGAAAGCAAUAAUGUUGACUUUGUCUACCAUUUUUUCUAGUGAUCAGGAAUAUUGGACAUAUGAUGACCUAGGACACGUUACUUUCAAGAAUGUCUUCUUUCCUGCCCACAUGUGUCCUGAGAGCAAAGCAAAGGUGAUGUGUGGGACCUAACAGCUUCUCUGGCUCCACAAAUAAAGACUGCACUCACACACAUGCUCUCAAACACAAAUGUUCAUGUUCAGAUGUUAUUAAGAGGAAGUUUGCAUUUUGUGCUUUGCAGAUAGAAGACCUUGCAUGUCCACUGAUGUAUGUAUUGGGUGAAGAUGACCUUAGCUCUCCGAGUAAAGAGAACGCAGACCUGGUAAAUUAUUUUGACUGGGCUUUAAAUAGCAACACAUUUGUUAGCUGUAUUAAGAAGCUUCAUUCAGUAUUUCUAAACUAUACUUUUUAUAGUGUCUAACUUUUGCAAAUCUUGAUAACUGAGUUUGCAACUAUAACCAAUCAUUAAGCUUGACUUUAAUUCACUUAUGUUCACGUUCUUAUUGCACAUUCAUCGGGUGUUCUUGUUGAUAAAACUCCAAUUCAUUCUUCAUCAGAUUGAAGAGGCCCUGAACGCUGCUGGUAAAUCUCAUCUGUUUACCCGCCUAUCAUACCCGGGUGCUGGUCACCUGAUUGAACCUCCUUAUGCACCAAAUGCAAGACAGCCACUAUACAUGGUCAAACCAAAGAAAUGUGAGUCCUAUCUUGUUACAUUUUUAAUCUAAGGUUGCUCACUGUAAUGUGGAAUAUGUGCUGAUGUUCAAAGUGAUGGAAAAUGUUUGCUCUUUCUCCUGCAGCCUUUGUCAUAUGGGGAGGUCACCAUGCACUCCACGCCGCUGCACAAGCAGAUUCCUGGAGAAAGAUGCAAGCUUUUAUGGAAAGCCAUUUAAGAUAG